AAACUAGGACUUAACUUAAAGUUUUAGGAAGUAUAUUGUAGUAAUUUAUCCUUUUUAAUACCCAAUAUUUUAUAACAGGUCUAUCUAAGAAAUAUUGAGGAGAAGGAAAAGCAUGCGCACAGCGGAUAAAUCAAUUCAAAUUGUUGCCGAUACAUUGAUAAUUUUUCCGCCUGCCUAUUUUGUCAAGCAAAGUUGAAAUUUUAUACUUGUGUUUUAUACUCUUUGGAGUCUUUGGCCUCGAAUGUGUUUCAGGAUGCACAAAUUACAAAGAAAAUAACAUUGUUUUUUACAUUGUAUACGUGAUCAAGUUGAUGUAAAUUAUUUUAACAAAAAAAUGGAUCUGGCUAAGUCUCUAUUUAGCUCACGCGAUCAUGUGGGAUAUGUAGGCCGUGAAGAACACGAACGAAAAAUUAGUGCAGCGUUAGCGGAUGACGAUCCAGAAGAUAUUAUUGAUGUAAUUCGGGGCAUGAACGUCGCCGAUGAACUUCUGCCAGCACCUGGGGGACCGUUUUCUGCCCUAACACCAAGUAUGGUGCCCCAAGAUAUCAUGGCAAAACUGGCACAGCCAGAAUCAGAUGGACAUGGUGGGCUCCCUGACUAUAGAUUUGACGAGUUUGGUUUCUGUGUAGAUGAAGAAGACGGCCCUGAACAAAGCUCCAACAAGUUACUAGCAAAUGUGUUUGUAGAAGAUGACCAGCAUCGUCUUCAGUGGGAAUUUUACAGUAAGGAAAUAAAUUUUUCAGAAAAUGAAAGCAGGUUAGAGAAGACAGAUAAACUUCAGAGAAUGGUGAAAGAUGGUGUCCCACAUUCAUUACGGCCCCAAGUUUGGAUGCAUCUCUGCGGCGCCAACAAAAAGCGAGCUACAACAGAAAUUACUUAUCAUGAAAUUGUAAGGGCAUCAAGUGAUGAUGGAUUAGUCACUAGUAAACAAAUAGAGAAAGACCUAGUGCAGAUAUUGCCGAACAAUGUAUGUUUCUCCCAUCCCACCAGUACAGGAGUCCCGAGACUAAGGAGAAUCCUUAGAGCGUUAGCUUGGUUAUAUCCAGAUAUUGGUUAUUGCCAGGGUACUGGUAUGAUUGCUGCAUCGCUAUUGUUGCUUAUGGAGGAAGAAGAAGCAUUUUGGAUUAUGUGUACCACUGUGGAAGACCUCUUGCCAGCAUCUUAUUACUCUUCCACAUUGAUUGGCAUACAGGCCGAUCAAAAGGUUCUUAGGAGCUUGAUCUCCACAUAUUUACCAGGUAUUGAUCAAGUACUAAACGCACAUGACAUUGAGCUGUCCCUUAUUACAAUGCACUGGUUCCUCACUUUGUAUGCAAAUAUUGUCCACAUGAAAAUACUACUUAGGAUUUGGGAUCUUUUCUUUUUAGAUGGCUCCAUUGUACUGUUCAAAGCCACCUUAGCAAUGUUGAAGAUAAAAGAGAACAGAUUCACUGAAAUAUCCAAUUCUGCUCAGAUUUUCAACACACUAUCAGAUAUACCUGGUGAAAUUGAUGAUGUAGAUCUUUUAAUAAAAACCAUAGAUGAGGUCUGUGGCGAUACAUUAAGUCCAGCAUUGAUUGAAACUCAUAGAAGAAGACACUUGGCUUAUCUAAUGGCUGAUCAGGGUGCACUGGUAGGAAAUCCAAAUGCAGUGCCAAAUCUUCCAAAACAACAACUGCAAAGACGUCAAAUAAAACGAAGCAAAUCUGUAAUUCAGACUAUAUUGUUUGGCGAUGAUACAAAUAAUGAAGAUGCUGUUUCUAAGAAUGUGAAGCAAACAGAAAUUCUCGUUGAUCUCCGGGAGGCAAUAUUGCAAGUUGCUCGUCACUUUCUUGCCCUCGAACCUCAAUUGGCGUCUGAUGUUCAACUAACUGCAGAUUAUACUAUGCAAAGUCAUGCAGCUGACAGAGAAAGGUAUGUUAAUGUUUCAAGAAGCAAAAGACGCAGAGCUAAAGCUUUGCUGGACUUUGAAAGGCGGGAUGGUGAUGAACUUGGUUUUAGGAAAAAUGAUGUUAUAGAAGUCAUCAGCUCAAGAGAUGAACACUGUUGGAUUGGUGAGUUAAAUGGCCUAAGAGGAUGGUUCCCAGCAAGAUUUGUUAAAUUAUUAGAUGAAAAAGGAGUCAAAUAUAGCAGAGCUGGUGAUGAUUCAGUUACAGAAAAAGCCGCUCAUUUAGUUAGGGGUGUGCUAGCUCCUGCAUUUAAAAGGGUACUUCUACAUGGUAUUAAAAAACCUAGUUUCUUAGAUGGACCAUGUCAUCCAUGGCUAUUUAUAGAGGAAGCAUCUUCCAGAGAGGUAGAAAAGGACUUCAAUUCAGUGUACAGUCGUUUAGUUCUUUGCAAAACCUAUCGUUUAGAUGAAGAUGGUAAAGUACUUACACCAGAAGAAUUGCUGUACAGAUGUGUGCAAGCUAUUAACCUGUCACAUGACAAUGCCCAUGCUCAGAUGGAUGUCAAGUUACGCACAUUGAUAUGUAUGGGAUUGAAUGAAGAAGCAUUACAUUUAUGGUUGGAGGUGCUGUGUUCUUGUGUUGAUGUUGUACAAAAAUGGUAUCAUCCCUGGUCUUUUAUAAACUCUCCUGGUUGGGUGCAGAUAAAGUGUGAACUAAGAAUCCUAUCACAAUUUGGAUUUAAUUUAAAUCCAGAUUGGGAGCUGCCAUUGAAAAAAGAUACACAAAACCAACCACUAAAAGAGGGUGUACGAGAUAUGUUGGUAAAACAUCACUUAUUCUCUUGGGACCUGUAGGAUCUUUAACAUUCCAAAGAUAGCUUUGCUUAGAGUAUUUUCAAAAUUAUAAGCUUUUAUUGUAAAGUACAAUAUAGCAGAUACAUAUUAUAUUUAAAUUAAUUCCUUAAGUUUACUUAUUUCUUAUGGCCUUUUACUUAUGUUUUUUUUAUUGAAUUUUUUAUUGUUGUUACGUAUGUGAACCUAAUGAUAAGCUUUAAAAAUUUAUUUGAUGUGAAUAGUUAUUUUGUAAAGUGUCCUAGUUGU